UGCCGGCAGGCGGAGCCGGCCCAGCUCGGCGGCCUGGGCCCCGGCGCCGGGAGGUGGCGCCUGCCCGCUCCCAUGGCAACGGCGCGAGGCCGCGCUGGUGCCGCGGGCGGCCGGGCGGGCGGUGGUGUUGGGCCGGCCGGCACCAUGUCCUCCCUGGCCGAGCCCCCCGCCUCACGGGCGCCCUCUCGCUCCCCGGCCCGCUCCCCCGCGCUGUCGCCGGCACCCGGCCCCUCUCGCUGCGGCGGGGAGCGGCGCAGGAACGCCUCGGACGCCGGCGCGGACCUCGGCGCCGUCCAGGAUACACAGUUAAGAUCAGUGGAUCUGAAUCACGUCAUCAAACUACUUCAAGAUUCAGACUCAAACGAUUUGGAAAAAGAGCAGCUGAAAAUUCUCAAGAAGGUAAUCAAGCGUUUUGAAAAUGGGCUUCCCCUUAAGGAUUUAGCACAAAUAAUUGAAAUUCUUAACCUGUGUGCAGAAAAAAUGAAUGAACAAGAAGCUUUCACUGAGCCUUUAUGUGAGCUUAUUAAAUUAUGUGGAUUACCAUUUCAAAAAAACAAAUUAUCUGAUGAAGUAAGCUAUUCCGUGGCAGUUUCAAAAUGUAUUGCGCAACUGGGUUAUUUGAUGAGGGUGCCAAGUUCUCAAGUUAGAAUUCAAAUCUGUAAGUGUGUUGUUAGCUUUUAUAAUGUGGAGCUGCCAAAGAAACUACCUUCAGGUUACCAGCCAACAAGUGCAAACUAUAAAAUUCAGAUGGCUGAAUUAGGAGGAUUAGCAGAAACUCUUGUUUUGUCACUGGCAUUAGUUGAAAAUCGACUUACUGAGAAGUUGUGGGUACUUAAAGCUCUCCAGUAUCUCUCCAGCUCUGGAGUAAAUUGCAGACUUAUGAUGAAGGCCCAAGCAGCCAGCAGACUCUGUUUGUAUCUAAAUGGUGUUGAUCCCUCAGGACAGCUGGUGUUCCGCUCCUCAGAAAUCCUAUGGAACCUGUUAGAAAACACCUCAAAAGAAGAAGUUGUUAAUCAGCUUAGUAGCUUGGAAUGUGUACAUGCUUUGAAAGAAGUAUUUGUAGACCUUCUCAUGCAUGGUUUCCGGCAUUAUGAUCGUCAGCUACGGAAUGACCUCUUGGUGAUUGCCACAUUACUAGCUGAAAACCCUGCAGCACCUAUGAUUGAAAGUGGAUUUACAAAGCUGUUAAUAGUACUUGCAACAUUAUCUGAAGUUAAAAUUCCCAAUCCCUUGGUAAAAGGUCUUAAACUUACCUACUCUUAUGAGGACUUCGAGAUGAAGAAGUUACUAUUUAAUUUAAUAGGAGUCUUAUCUAAAGACCCAUGUGCUGUACAGCUUCUCAGUGAAAAUGAUGUGAUGCCAGCUUUGCUUUGUUAUGUAAAACCCAGUCAAAAGCCUGGAUUUCAUGACUGGUCUGCUGCCCAAUAUGAAGAAUUACAGCUUCAUGCAAUUGCUAUUUUAGCUUCAGUGGCUCCCUUGUUAGUAGAUAAAUAUUUGUCCUGCCAAGCAAAUACUCUUCUCCUUGUGUUUCUAGAAUGGUGUAUAGGCCAAGAUCCUUUCUUUGGUCAAGGUAACAGUUUCCAUGGAACAGGUGGUCGUGGCAACAAACUUGCACAAAUGCGCUACAGCCUGAGAGUGCUGAGAUCUGUUGUGUCCCUUUAUGAUGAUACUGUGAACCUUAAUUUGUGUGACCAAGGAGCAAUUAGCCAGCUAUUGGACAUCCUAAAGUAUGCAGCAAACAAAUCUAAAGAGAAAGAAGAUGCCAUUCUACUGGAAAUCCAAGCUGAUAUAUUAUUUCUUUUGUCUGCUCUCUGUGAAAAUGAUCUCCACAGAAAGGAACUCUUCAGCUAUGAAGGAGUGGAUAUACUUAUCCCAUUCAUUCAGAUGGAUCCAAAGAAGUUAUGUAGCGGAUUAGGCCACAAUUGUCUCCUCUUCAGUGCACUCGACUGCUUGUGGUCCUGUGUCAUUGGAUGUUACAUUGCAGAGGAUUAUUUUCUUGAAAAACAGGGCAUUUUUCUCCUUCUGGAUUUGUUGGCAUUAAAGCAAAAGAACCUGUACAAUAUAAUUCUUGGAAUCUUGGUUGAAUUUUGUGACAACCCUAAAACCACUUCGCACAUCAGUACCUGGCGAGGGGAGAAAGAUCAAACAGCAGCUAACCUUCUAAUACAGCUAUGGAGACAGGAGGAGUUGGAGCUAGGAGUCAAACGUGAUCGAUAUGGAAGGAUUGUUGACAUGAAGAAGCCUAUUGCUAGCAGCUUUCAGCAACAGCAAGAGGUCAUCCCCAUGCCUGCCAACUGUCCCAGCUUUGCCAUCGUGGAAAUUUCAGAAAACAUACGGGCAAAACUUUAUUCAUUAUUGUGCAAGCUAGGUUUUGAAACCUUACCUGGCUUAUCUGCUAAGGAUUUUGUCACACUUGCUAUCAUACAGCGUUAUAUUGACUUUAAAGUUGGAGAAGUUUGGAGUGAACUGUGUGCAGAACUAAAAGAAGAAUUCAAGCCUGUUGGGUCAGAUGAGGAAGCCUUGAAAGCUAUUUCAGAGAUAUCAGAAGAUACUGGAAGAAUGGUUGCUGCUCUGCAGACUGAAGUGCUUGAAAGUCAACAUCACAAAGAAAUCCAAGAGGAGGAAAAAACAUACACAAAGAUCCAAGCUAUCCAUAAGCAGAGAGAAAUGGUAAAUAAAUCUUGGGAAAAUUUCUUGACUCGAACAUCAAACUACGAGGCAUUGAAGAAAGCGAAAAGGCUUCAGGAAAAGUCAAUAGAGGCUUCCAGAUCUAAAUCAAAGACUCAAAAUGGAGCAGUCCGUUCUACUGAUAUUAAAGGUCUCGGUACAACAAUUGGAUCUGGUCGCUUAGUAACUGUUGAAAGUACACCUCCUCAGUUAAUUGGAGGGCCACUGGCUGUUACAGACCUUGCUCUUAGAAAGCCCUCUGUUUGUGAAGGAGCCUUAAAAAAGAUCAAAAGAGUUAAAACGUUGGACUCAGUCAAGAAAGAUUUGGUGCAAGUAGAAUAGAUAGUGUUCUGAAGAGUGCUUUUAAUAUUUUAGUUAACUGUAUGUAUAUUUUAGAUACAAGAUAAAAUCUGUUUGUCAUGCUUUGAUGAAUUGCAUAGAAUAUGUUGAGAGUAAAGUUAUAUUUUGUCUUAACUAAUAUAAACAUGGGGAUGAUUUAUUAAUAAAGUACCCUGUACCAUAUGGUACAAAGGUAUGUUGAGUUUAAUAAUUUUGUGUGCUAGUGUCAGGUUACCCUGAUCUACUAUCAGUAGGUCCACUAUUUAGGUUUUUAUCUCUUGUCAACACAUUCCGCACAUUGCAGUUAAAGUAUCUCCUUUUUUGAGCAGGGUGAUGAACCUUCACAUAAACACAUUCAGUUCUUCAUUUUCCUGGAUACUGUACCAACGUGGGUUUUGUCCAAGUCCAUUUUGUUUCUUGAAUUGCCACCGUUAGCAUCAAGACUUCUGACUUCUCUCAGUUUUCCUCUAAAGACUCACUGAGAAGUUUGUCUGUGCCAACAGUUUCUCUGAGCCUGUUGGAGACACAUGCUGGAAUGUCCUGCUCCUCGUGGGUUUCUCACAGCUCUUUAACUGAUCUUACUAUUCUAAUUAUUUCUUGGGUUAUUGCCCAUAUUGUCUCCAAUAAGAACUCAUCCUUUUCCACCCUAGCACCUCUACAAUACUGACACAAACUUAAUGAGCAGCAGACCUUUUUUUAGAUGACUCAGUUUCUAAGCUAUUGUCUCCUUUCCUAACUUGGGCAAAGCCAGAAUUUGCUAUGUUACAAUAGAGCAAGAUUCCCUGAGGCUGUUACUUCAUUUUAAAACCAGUUGCUAUGCAGUGCAAUGGCAUAAAUUGCUGUGACAUUGCAAGGGGUUCUGUGACAUAGAAGCUCUGGCACCUAGUCUGUCAUUUUUGCCUCUAAGCAACGUUUUGAGAAAAGUACAAGCUUUCACUUUGUUAAAUGCCAACUUGAAAAAUGGAGAUAAAUUUGAGCUAAACAGGUAGAACGUAGUUUCCAACUCCCUUUUUUACUUCCUGAAACAGGGAUGGAGGGGGGUGGUGUGUAAGCAUUUCUUCAAAAUCUGUUUGUCCCUGUAACAAGACAUAGCAGUGCUGGCAUUAAAAAUUAAGGCAGAGAUUUUUGUUUAAUAAUUGUCUACUUAAAUUCUAUAAAAAGGAGAACCUGAAGAAAAUAAUGAAAUAAAACAAACCAGCUAUAUGAAACGGUACUUAAACUUCAGAGAAAUCUCCACAUGUUUAGUUUCCAAAGAUCAGAAGCAUUUUCUUAUGGGCGGGUCUGUUAAACAUUACAUUGUGGAGUAAGACAGUCAUCUAGUACUUCAAGCUAGAGAAAUCGAGCUGUGCUAAUUUCAUUUAAUUUUUAUGCUAGCCCUUUGCUAACUGAUAAUUUUUAAGUAUAAUCUCAUUUCAUUAUGACAUUUUUUUCCCAAAAUUAUCUGCAUAAAAUUUGUUUUCUCAAACAAGCCUGCAUGUGUAUUCCUUGCCGGCCAGCAAAAAAGGUAAGCUAGGGUAUAUAGGGAUUAUUUAACCAAAGUCCUCUGUGUCAAGUAAAGUCUUGCUCAG